AGUCCCAGAGAAGAAACAACACAAAGAAUUACUCUGUUUAUUUCUCCGAUCAACAUGCUGAAGGAAGUUUGUUUUCUGUUGAUGGCCACAUACGUGGCAGCCACUUAUAACAUUGGCUAUCCUACAAUUCCAUCAUACCCCACCUACCCCUCCGGUGGAUACAGGUACAUCGUCUACAUCCAAUAUCUUUACUACCUUUACGUCAUAUAUGGACCCACCUCUGUCCAAUAUGUCCAGUACUACCAGUACUUGGUACGACUGCAUAUCAUCCCUCAGGGAUUCAGGUUUGGAGGUGGUGGUUUCCCGGGCGGUAUUGGAGGUGGAAGUCAAAUAAUAGGAGGUGGUAGCGGUAUAACUCCUAUCGGAGGAGGAUAUAUCCCAAGUGGUGGAUUUCCAUAUGGCGGUGGAAACUUAGGUGGUAUUGGUGGUAUUGGUGGCAUUGGAAGUGGCAUCGGUGGUGGUCUUGGCGGCAUUGGAGGAUUCCCAUCUAGUACUGGAGGAAGCGCACUCAGUGUCUCCAGUGGUAGUUCAUUCCAAAGUGGCAGUCUCGGAGGUGGUCUCGGAGGAGGUCUUGGUAGCGGCCUUGGAGGUGGUCUUGGAGGACUCGGAGGUAGCCUUGGAGGAAUUGGAGGUGGUCUUGGAGGAAUUGGAGGUGGUCUUAGUGGAUACGGAAGUGGUCUUGGAGGACUCGGAGGUAGCCUUGGAGGAAUUGGAGGUAGCCUUGGAGGAAUUGGAGGUGGUCUUAGUGGAUACGGAAGUGGUCUUGGAGGACUCGGAGGUAGCCUUGGAGGAAUUGGAGGUAGCCUUGGAGGAAUUGGAGGUGGUCUUGGAGGAAUUGGAGGUGGUCUUAGUGGAUACGGAAGUGGUCUUGGUGGACUCGGAGGUGGCAUUGGAGGUGGUCUAGGUGGUCUUGGCGGCGGACUCGGAGGUGGUCUAGGUGGAGGUCUAGGUGGCGGCUUUGGAGGCGGCGGCUUUGGAGGCGGCAAAAAGCUAGGCUACUACUGAAAUACCCAGGGACUAACUGAGAUCUGAUUUCGUGUUGGACUUUGAUUGUGUUUAUAAUUUUUCAUAAUUGUUAGGUUACGGAAUAAACAGAUAAAACUUAA